CCGAAGAAGAAAACCCGGAAGGAGCCUUUAUUUUGGUUUUGCCUCGGCGGGAAGGGAAGUAAACAAACCGAAUGGUGAGCCACCUUGACCAUGUCGUCCAAACAGCAGGAUGUGGCCAAAUCUGAUGUCUCCCCAGUUCUGUUCAUGGCAGUGAACGGUGAACCCAUGUCCUUCUUCUUGCGACCGGGUCCUGUUAAACGUAAACUCCAGCCGCUCAUCACAGCUGGAGGAGGGAUGCUGUGCAGUGUCCAGCAGCCGGGGGCAAUCCUGCUGAUUGACCCAGAUGAAAGAGGCUGUCUUGCUGAAAGUACUGCUCACUGGUACGUGUCCACUCAAUACAUUCACGACUGUAUUGAGAAGGAUGAACAGCUGAAUUUAGAGGACUACAGAUUAAAUUCUGAGGUUGUCCCGAGACACUCUGCUCGACUCAAAAAUAAAGGGAGCUCUCCUGGACACUUAGGAGGCAGGGUUGCCUACACAACUGAAGAUGACGCUGCCAUUUUGAGUUAUGUCAGAGAGCACAAGGCAGACACCGGGGGGAACCGGCUUUGGCAAGAGAUGGAGAAGCAGCGUGUAACCAGUCACAGCUGGCAGUCAAUGAAACACCGUUAUAGAGCACGCCUGGCAAAGAAACAGUCAGAGGCUGUGGAGGUCGCAACGACAGAGCAAGACGCCAAGGCAGCAGAGGGAGACACCAAGGUGGAAGGAAAUGAAGAGACAGACGUUGAAAACCCCUCCAGGACAGAAGACGCUGUUUCUCCUCAGAUGCAUGCAACAGAAUCAGACCUAACGCAGAUUGAUCAGGCAAUACCAGCUGAGCACACACAACCAGAAGCUCAAACAUCCAUCUGUUCCCGACGAGAAGUGCAACAUGUGAGCCCACAGACAAGUAAACAACCAGCUGAUGACACACAAGUAGAGACUGUGGAAGCUGAAACAUCAGACUCCCCCCAACCUGAGAGAGUUUGUUUGGACCCACUGACAGAUGCUUCUCCCAUUCCAGCUGAGAGCACAGAACCAGAAACAGAUGAACCACAAACAAUCAUAUCUCCACGAAAAGAGAGCAUGCCAGAGGCUCAGCCCGAGUCCCUGCGCGACUUCUCUUCUCAGAAGAAGCCAAGAGAGAAGCUGAAGUCCUCCCCCAGGCUUGUGCAACCACAACGGCGAUCCACGCGUAGGCAGCUUCAGCUCGAGGAUUCAACAUCGCCUGAACCAUAUGGCAAAACACGCAGAUCGUCAUCAAGUUCUGCUGAGCACCUGUCAACAUCUCCUCAUCCCUCGAAGAAAACUAAACCAGCCCUUAAGGCUGCUCUCCAAAAUGACACAACAGUUGACGAGCCGCCUUCUAAGAAAGCCAAAGGAAAGAGUGCAGCAGAGAGUGAACAGGAGGAGAGUAGGCAAGCUGCUGUCUCUGAAACAACACAAGCAGAUGCCGAAUCUAAUGCAGCGCCACACAAACCAGAGAAGAAAAAAGAAAAGAGAAAGCUGGGGAUUCUGGAGUUGGCUACAAAGGAGUUUGAAGAUGAAAGCGAGUCUGAUGAGGACGAAGCUCCAGAUCUCCAAAACCCAACUGAAACAGUGACGGUGCCGCCCACAUCUACAGAACCCCAGCUCCCCUCUCCAGACGCAUCUACUUCCACACAGGCCAGCCCUGAACAUGGACCUGGCCUCCAGGAGAAGGAGCCAGAGGCGCAGGCCUCCGUUCGCAACUGCCUUCCACCAACAGGCUGCCCUGAGCCCAGUGCUGCUGAGCCCGCUGCCGCCAAGCCUGCAGCCGUCAGUGCAGCCUCCAAGGCCCACCUGUUCAUAUUCGACAGUGAAUCUCAGGAGGAAGAAUCUCAGUCCAUUUUUGUCGGCAAUGCAGCAGCUUCAGCCAACCUCCAGCCUACGGUGAAGAAAGACGCUGCUUUUUCACUGACUCAGGUUCAGCUUGACGAGGACAAGGAGCGAAUCACAGAGCUGAUGAAGGAGACAAACCAGGACUUAGGCAGUGUGACCAAAGCGCUGCUGAAGACCAGCGGAGACUUCUCUGCCGCUCUGGACCUGCUUCUGAAUCCCUUCUCUGUUUCAGGACCGUUUUGGAAACGCAGUGACGACGGUCUUUUGCUCUCAGCUGAUCCUGUCGUCCGACAGCAGCUACAAGAGAGAUACGGUGAGGAGAAGGUGGCCAAAAGAAUAAUGUUCCUUGAGCUAGAUGGAUGAAUAUGAAACACAGAUUAAUGUAGAAGCAAGGGAAAAUAGGCCGUCUGUACAUAGGGAGCAUACUCGUGUAUCUACUCAACAUCUAACUGGUAUGAAAUGUUCAUUAGAGUUUGAGUCCCCAUGUCCACUGUCAGUUUCUCUGUUGCCGUCUCCUUCAUUUCUGCUUCUUCUGAUUAAUUCUGAAGAGAUAAAGUCCGAAACAGUUGAGAAUUAAAGCAGAUGUUUUUAGGUAAAUUAAGUCAACGCUAUUGUUCCUGCAAUUUAUAAGUUUGUGUGGGAGCAGAAUCUUUUAAUAUGUUUUAACAUAAAUGUUUUUCUAAUGUUUGCUUUCAAUGAAUUGCAUAAUAAAGAGUUUAUUACCAUGUAAAAACA